UGCUCUAUGCCACUUCCCCACCAUCCUUCUGUUCCACCGCCCAUGGCAUCCGCCGCCGCCGUUUGUUCCUCUUCUUCCUCCUCCUCCUUCUCGGCGGUUCUGAUGGCAGAUCAGUCAUUUCAAUCGUCCCGCCGUUUUCAACUUCGGAGAUUCCAAUUCCGACACUGGCUGCCUUGUUAGUUCUGGGAUUGAAACAUUGGCUCUCCCAUAUGGUCACCUCUUCUUCGGAAACCCUUCUGGAAAGAUACUGCGAUGCCGACCCAUCUUGAUUUCCUCUUGGAUGCAAUGGAUAUGCCUUAUUUGAAUCCAUAUCUUGAUUCUCUUGGUGCGCCGAAUUUUCAAAAGGGGUGUAAUUAUGCGGCGGCGGCUUCGACUGUUCUUCCAGCAACUCCUACAUCUUUUAGCCCGUUUUCGUUUGGGGUUCAGGUGAAUCAGUUUAUUCAUUUCAAAUCAAGGGUUCUCGAGCUUCGAUCUAAAGGUAAGAAACUCGAUAAGUACCUACCAGCAGAAGAUUACUUUCAGAAGGGGCUUUACAUGUUUGAUAUUGGCCAGAAUGACCUUGCUGCUGCAUUUUACUCCAAAACUCUGGAUCAAGUUCUUGCUUUAAUACCCACCAUUUUAGCUAAGUUUGAGACUGGAAUUCAGAGACUGUACGACCAAGGGGCUAGGAAUUUUUGGAUUCACAACACUGGCCCUCUGGGAUGCCUGGCUCAGAAUGUUGCUACAUUCGGAACCGACCCAUCAAAGCUGGAUGAAUUUGGGUGCGUUAGUUCUCACAACCAAGCAGCUAAGCUCUUCAAUCUACAGCUCCUUGCUCUUUGCAAAAAACUGCAGGAACAAUACACAGAUGGGAAUGUCACAUAUGUCGAUAUCUACACGAUAAAAUCCAAUCUCAUUGCCAAUUAUUCCCGAUUCGGUUUUGAACAACCUAUUAUGGCUUGCUGUGGCUGUGGAGGCCCACCACUCAACUAUGACAGUCGAAUCGUCUGUGGACAAACAAAGAUGUUGAAUGGGACGUUAGUCACAGCGAAAGGGUGCGACGAUAGCUCGGAGUACAUCAAUUGGGAUGGAAUUCAUUAUACAGAGGCUGCAAAUCAGUAUGUGUCAUCACAAAUACUCACUGGAAAAUAUUCUGAUCCACCCUUCUCAGACCAAAUGCCUUUCCUUCUCAAACUCAAGUUCUAGCUUCCUUGAUUACAUAAAUUUCAUCUCCAUCAUAUCUUUACCAUCCUAAUAUGUCUAAAUGUAAGCAUUCAUUUGGGAAUUGGAAUAAAGAUCUGACCAACAAUGCAUUUAUGUUUAGACACUGUUUAUUGUGUAACUAAAUAAGAAAUUACAAGAAUUUUAAACAAUUCUUCGACUUCAUAGAGAGGUACAGUCUCUAUUUCUCUCUUAGUCUUGAAAUUCUGAAAAGUUGACUUAAGGGUGGAUAAAAUCUUUUUUAAAUUAAACGUGAUAGGGAAUGAACAUGAUACUGAGCCAUAGGAAUAACUCAAACUCUUGUUUUAUAACACGUUUCUUGCAAGUCAUCUCGUAGUGAUCCUCUUUGUACAACAUCAAUGUUAUACAUUUGAAUGAG